UCUAAUAUGGGCAGAUGUUUUUUUCCCAGGCGUUUUGGUCAUUUCUUCCUCGCCCUUGAGAGAGAAGGUCCAGCCUAACGGUGUAGUUCAGAGGGAUGCUGGAAAACAUGCUUUUCACCUUCGCCAUUUUAGCAGUUUUUGCUGUAGAUCCAGCUGAUGCAAAGUGCGAAGUAUGUCGAGCUUCAUCAUGGGGAGAAUGCAGAGGCAACGUGACGGACUGCGGCCCAGAGCUGUCCUGUGUGUCCUUCGGCGCCAGCCUCAGUGAAAGGGGAGGCCAGGAGACCACAAAGAGGGUGGGCAGGGGGUGUGUGCACACCAGCCUCUGCAACAAGGAGCUGUCCACUAACUUCAAAUAUGCGCAGUGGAGAAUACAAACUGGAUGUGACGGUGAACCAGAACCACGUCAGUGGAAUGCAGGACAGCCGAAUGGCAGGAAGUGUUUUGGCUGUAUUGCUGCGCCCUUUGAAUGCACUAAAAUUGUGGAGUGCAGUGGUGAAGAAACUAUGUGUAUCAAUGCGGGAGAAAUAGUUGCUGGGAACCUGAUGGUGAACAGAGGUUGUGCCACAGAAAGCAUGUGCAAAUAUGGCGAAAACGUCUCUGAGAUUUUGGGUACGAGGGUAGUAGGCAGUGUUUCCUGUUGCAAGGAGAACCUCUGUAACCACAGUGUGAUACUGAGAGACCCACCUGCCCUACACUUUUUAGUGCUCCUGCUGCUGAUUUUAAUGCUUAUUUGAUCAAACCUUUAACCAUCCUUCUUUUUCUACUUGGGUCAUUUGAAGAAGCAGAAGUUAAUGUUGCUUUAUUUUAUUGUGCCUAAUUAAUUUCGAACCCAGAAUUGAGCCCUGUGGGACACCACAUACAUACCGCAUUAUAUGUACUGCAGUAUAUCCAACAGCGCUGGUCCAUGUAAAAGGGAGAAACAAAGCUUUCUGAAGCAGCAACGCUUUCCUUAAAAAGUGUUUAUUAUGCUAAGUUUUUCAAAAUAUUGCUGUUAAUGUGAACCAUUUUGAAAGUGUUCCAUGUGAUUGUUAGAACCGCAGCAAUUAACCAGCUGGGUCCUAGCGUGUGCUACUUUUGGGCUAAAACUGUUUACAAUCUGUCCUUCAAUUGCUUUGACAACAUGUUAUUUGUUUUUUUAAA